AGACAGUGCACAUGCUCAGAAAUGCUGCACUUGUUCUCUUAGCAGUUUGCAGCGGCCAUUUCAAAGAAACCAUCACAAAGACAAGAGAAAGAUCAGAGAAGCACCCACUCCCAAGAUGCUGCCACCCUGCCUUCUGAGAAGAGCCAUCCUUACAGUUCCUUUAGUUUUUGUGGUUGUACUACUCUUCAUGGAGCCUGUUAGAGCUGAUCAAGAAGCAGGAACAGCCAUACCAGCUGAAAGCCGUCCCUGUGUUGAUUGCCAUGCAUUUGAGUUCAUGCAGAGGGCUCUGCAGGAUUUAAAGAAGACAGCAUAUAACCUAGACACACGGACAGAAACUCUGCUUCUUCAGGUGGAAAAGAGAAAUCUGUGUGACUGUGUAGCUGCCAAUCUACUGAACUGAAUCUUGGAGGCCACCAAGGACAGUCACCUGUUCAGCAGUUUUUAAAAUGCAGCUGUAUAAAAUACAGCUUUAUGGAAUUCAUGUUGCAAGCAUGUAUGCCCCAAUGUACUGAUGAAAUUGGGGGCCUGUGUCUUAUGUAUUUGUCUGCUCUGUAUUUUUUUAAAAGAGUACCCUCUUUUUUUCACACUUGCUGGAUUGCCAGUAAUGUCUCAAUUCAAUAAAUCUAUUACUUAAUAUUAGAGUGGGGGGAAAAUGUACCUGCUUUGAUUUUUAAAUCAGAGUUUGCCAAGUGUACCCACAAGGUAAAUUUGGCCAACAGUGCUGUAGAGACACUUGCAGCUGUUUUUUGUCUCCAAUAUGAACAUAUCUCUGUGGUAACUUACCCAGUUAUAUUGAGACAGGACACUGUGGUCUCUGUAGGCUUUGCUUGUGUAUUAAAGAUGAUAGAAGUCCUUUCUGUUUGUUGUUUGCACUCUGACCACCUUGAGGCAUGUUGUAGUUCUGUCAGCUAUAAUGAGGUGUGUGUCAUGAGGAAUUACAUGUGUGCUGUGCUUGCACCAAACCACUUUAUAUCUCAGUGCUGAGUUUUCUGUUAUCUUGCAUAAGAGUAUUGUUUUCUUCAAUUAAAGUGUUUAGUUUCUUCCCCUCCUUCCCUGGACACUCCAUUCUUAACCUAUUGUAUCUCUAAAUACCUUUAUCUUGGCAAGUCAAAUGGAUAGUGUAAAAAAAGGAGAAUAAGGGUAUGACUAGGCAGCCUUGCCAGUUCCAGCUGUACCAAAUGCUGCCACCAGCAACUGCUCAACAUCACAUUAAAGAAAGCUCCAUGCAGUGCCAAGAAGUUCCUUCCUGAGAGUGUGCCUUAUUUUACUUAAAGUGAAGCACAGUGAUUAGGACACACAUAUUUGGUCCAUUUUGUGACGUACUGAACUCUGACUGUUUUGGUUUUUCCUUGUAGUUGCCUUUGAAAACUGCUCUUUUUGUUUCAGGCAUGAAGAAAGACUUGUGUACCUGAAAGCUGAGAUGGUUUUUAUCCUCAACUCUACCCCUUUAUUGUAAGACAGUGUCUGCUCACAAGUCUCAAUUAGGUUGUAGAUGCUUGGAGUUUGUCUGACAUGAAUUAUUAACUGUCUCAAACCAUUCCAGCAUUGAGCUAUGGGGUGCUAACUUGUCUUGGGAAGGGAAUGGGAUAUCUGAAGACGAAAAUCUCUUCAGCUGAAUUUGGAAGAAAGUGCCUGCCUGUCACCUCGCUUCUCUAACUAAACUGGUGUGACUUUGCUGGAAGUGGAUGAGAGAAGAAAUUAAACUACUGCUCUGCCAGUGCAGUUCUAGGUAUGGUAACAAACAGUGGGGAAGUAGAGGAACACCACAGAGAGCCUGAGUGGCUUCCCAAACCUGUCCAGGGCUUGGAAAGUGUGCAACUGCUGCACACUGAGAAGUGCAUCAUGCUCUUUUGCUUGGGACCAGGACACAGGCCAGCACAGAAGCUCAUUGUGAACUGGAAAGGGGAUUCUGAUGUUAUUUCUCCAAAUUCCCUCAGAGAGCACCUGUGCUGUAUGUUUUUCCCUAAGUCUGUUCACACAGCCUGGGAGCACUGGCAGUGCUGAUAUUGGGCUGCUUGGCAAAACCAGAGUCACUGCAAGCUUCACCUGCAGCUCCCCUCCCAGAGAGUGGGAAAGGGCAGCAGUCCUUACCCAUGCAUGGCAGAGCACUCUCAGGACUUCUGGAGCAAAGCCUCCUUUGGAGGCUUGGAUCCUGGCUGCAGCAGAGUGGCUUCUCAGAGCUUCUUGGCUUCUGUUGCACUUGGCUCGUCCCCGUCUUGUUAUAGCUUGGCUUUGUUCCCCUGCUUUGCUCUGGACCUGUCUUGUCUGUCCUCUCUAGUCUGGCAUUGCCCUCCCUCUAGUCCUGGGGAUUUCUCAGUGAACCCCUGGCUGCCCAUCCUGGUGAAUCUGUGUGUAGGCACUGCAGGUGUGAGUGGUGGGGCUUAUUGUCCUCAGGUCAGCUGAGUCCAGCUGGAGCACUGCCAGAGCAAGAAGUGGCACUCCAAUUUACCAUGGAGUGAGUGAACGUGGUGCUGAGGGACACUGCCAUCUCAUUCCCAGGGAAGGGGAGUUCCCCUGUCCAGGGAAGAUAUUGUGGGGAAGGACCUCUUUUUACCUGAAAGCCAACAUUCCCAUUGCAGAACUUGGAGGAAGUCCCAGAAGAGUUCAGGUGGUGAAAGCUCUGCUCCUGAAGCUGAAUUAAUCUCUGGGUGCUGUAAUCUCUCUGGCUUGUGACAGGUGUGGACAGGAACCCAGCCAUGGUCAGUCACUGGUUUUUCCAGAUGUUGAGUAAUAAGGUGUUCUGGCACAACUGGAAACACCUGUAGAUGUUCAUGAAUUUUUCCCUUCGUGUCUGCACAGACACUGGCUUGAACAAAAGAAAAUAUGACCAUGUGGAAAUAUUUUCCUUCAGUCAUUUUGCUAUGAUUUUAUGGUUCACGUUGUUAGAACUGGGGAAGUGAAACACAGGACAAAAUUGGGCUGUUGCCCCAAGAGAAAGCAGCCAGGAGGGGGAUAGAUGGAGAAAGGGGAAUAGGGUCAUCAAAACACACAUGCAUCCUUCUUGCUGUACACCUUGUCCUGUUUUAUUCCCUGUGCUAUGUUAUGUGGUGCCUUUUACUUUGUGACUGCACUGAAAGCUCUCUGGGGCAGAGAAGUUGUCAUGUCAAUAGCACGGUCAGGUGGCCAUUACACCUUUAAGUGUUGUCAACUUAUUAAAUAAAAAUCAAAACAUAAAAUA